AUGGGCAAAGUGUACACUUACGACGAAGUCUCCCAGCACAGAAGCGAAGACAGCUGUUGGGUAAUCCUCUACGGCAACGUCUACGAUGUAACCAAAUUCGUCCCCGAGCACCCUGGCGGCGCAAAGAUCAUACUCCAACUAGCCGGCCAAGACGCAACCGAGGAAUACGAUCCCAUCCACCCUCCGGGCAUCCUCGAAGAAACACUAGCACCCGAGUGCAAACUGGGAACUUUCGAUGCCAGCACUUUGCCUUCGGUGGAAAAGUCGCCCGUGGAUGAGGACAAGGUUGAUGAAGAGGCCAUCAUGCCAUUGGACCACUGUCUAAACAUGGACGACAUCGAGGCGGUGGCUACAAAGAAAAUGAGCAAGAAAGCAUGGGCAUACUACUUUUCCGCCGCCGAUGACUUGAGAUCAAAGGCUUUGAACAAUACAGUAUACAGCGAUAUCCUGCUACGCCCACGCGUCUUCGUCGACAUCACAAAAUGCGACACCAGCACCACUAUCCUGGGCAACAAAGUCAACAUCCCACUGUUCGUCUCUCCAGCCGCAAUGGCAAGACUAGGACAUCCAGAUGGCGAACACGGAAUAGCAAAAGCAUGCAACACCUUCGGCGCCUGCCAGAUCAUCUCCAACAACGCUUCCCAAACACCCGAACAGAUCCUCGAAGGCGCGCCCGCAGACCAAGUGUUUGGCUGGCAACUCUACGUCCAAAACGACCGUAAGAAGAGUGAAGAUAUGCUGGUUCGCAUCAACGCACUCAAGCAAAUCAAGUUCAUCGUCUUGACCCUCGAUGCACCCGUACCCGGCAAACGCGAACACGACGAACGAGAAGGCAAAAAUGUAGGCGCUAAUCUGCCUAUCCGCAGUGCACACCAACAGGGCAGUUCCAGCACCACCUCCCCCGACCCCAAAAAGGGAGGAAACAGCGGCAGUGGCAGUGUAGCCUCUGCAAUGUUCGCCGGCACAGCAGGAGAUUUGACUUGGAAAACUACUCUGCCCUGGCUGGCCAAGCACACAAAACUGCCUAUUGUGCUUAAGGGACUGCAAACACACGAAGACGCUUAUAUAGCAUCUUUGUAUGCUCCUCAGGUGCAAGGCAUUUUGCUCUCAAACCAUGGCGGUAGAGCUGCUGAUACAGCACCCCCUUCUAUUCACACGCUCAUCGAGAUUCGCAAGUAUUGCCCAGAGGUGUUUGACAAGAUUGAAGUUUGGGUCGACGGUGGCAUCAAACGCGGCACUGAUGUCGUCAAAGCUCUUUGCUUGGGAGCCAAAGCAGUCGGUAUGGGCAGGAAUGCACUGUUUGGUCUUGGUGCAGGAGGCACAGAGGGUGUGGAGAGGGUGUAUGAGAUCCUCAAGGCUGAGAUCGAGACGACGAUGAGGUUGCUUGCUGUGGAGAGAGUUGAAGAUCUGGGACCUCAACAUGUCAAUGCUAGAGCUGUGGAAAGAGAUGUCUACGAUGGUCCUGCUGGUCUUGAAAAGUUGGGCAUGUGGCUUAAGGCUAAACUGUAG